AUGAAACUUCGUAACUUAUUGACGCAAGGGGGAGAUGAUAAGGAAGCGAAUGAAGGUGAAAUUGUGGUUAAUGAAGAGGAAGUUCCAGAAGCUAAUUUGAGAAAUCCUUAUCAGACAGGGAAAAUGGCUAAGUCAGAUGCUAAAAAGAAAGGAAAGGUUAAUAUCAUUUCGGAAGAAGAUGAUGAUCUGAAUCCCAAUUUAUCGGAAAAAGAAUUGAAGGAACGAGAAAAUUUGGACAAGGAGCUUGAUGCCUUGAAUGCUUUAAAAGCGAAAACUGAAGCUGAAGAAGUUGAAGAGAAGAAUGUUGAGGAAAUUCUUGCUUCAAAGAAGGCUAUGUUUUCAAAGUUGAUUGUUGAUCGGAUUCAGAAAGAAGCAAUUUAUAAUCCAACAUUGUUUUGGUUAGAGCCCCAGACUUCUUUCUCUGUUAAGAAUGAAAUGGAUUAUCAGCUGGAUUUCCCAAUUACUGUAACACCAUAA